AAGAGCAUGUGGCGGUUGGAUUAGUCACUUAAAAAUUUGGCUCCUCCUUUCUUUUUACCUGUCUUUAGAUAUUGUGUUGUUGGAAAGCACUACAUACGACUAUGGGCUCGAUCUCAGACGCAGAUGUUUCGUGGGCUGAUAGGCCUAACGUGUAUGGCUGGCAGACUACGAACGAGAACGGAUAUACGCUCCAGGAGCGUCCCUCUGGCACGAAACGGCACGUGAAGAUUAUCUGCGUCGGUGCAGGUGCUUCGGGGAUCAACUUUUCGAAGUUCGCGCAAGAUGAUCUGCAAAAUGUGGAGACUGUGAUUUACGAGAAGAAUGAUGAGGUUUCGGGGACUUGGAUCGAGAACGUGUAUCCGGGCUGCGCUUGCGAUAUUCCCUCCGUCACGUACCAGUACACAUGGGAGCCGAAGAUCUGGUCGAAGUACUACUCGGAAGCGCCUGAGAUCCUGGAGUAUUUCAAGUUCGUGGUUGAAAAGUACAACUUGCGGAAAUACAUCAAGCUUCGACAUGAGAUCCAGCAUGCAGAGUGGCACGAGGAUCGCGCGAAGUGGGUGGUAAAGGUGAAGAAUUUGGAGGAUGGAACGACGAUUGAGGACGAGAGUGACAUUCUCCUGAACUGCUCUGGCAUAUUCAAUUACUGGGAAUGGCCGAAGAUCAAGGGAAUCAAAGACUUCAAGGGCGCGCUAGCACACUCCGCACAUUAUCCUGUUGGAUUGGAGCUCGAGGGGAAGCGCGUUGCGGUCAUCGGGACUGGCGCCAGCGGGAUUCAGCUGGUCGCAAAUAUUCAGAAGAAGGCGUCGAAGUUGUAUACGUGGGUCCGGUCACCUACAUGGAUUACGCCAGGUUUUGCGUCAAGCUAUGCCGGUCCGAAGGGGCAGAAUGUUGAGUAUACACCUGAGCAGAAGAAAAGAUUUGCCGAAGAUCCAGUGUACUAUCUCAAGUAUCGGAAAGCGAUCGAACAAGAACUGACGAACUGGAACGCCCUUCACAAGAACCACCCGAUUACCAACUUGUCUGGAGAAUUGGCUUUGAAACAGAUGAGGGAGAAAUUACAUGAUCGACCAGAUUUACUGAAAGCCAUAACUCCUAUCACCUUCCCCGUUGGUUGCAAACGGCCCACCCCAGGGAACGGCUACCUAGAAGCCCUCGUCUCCCCCAACGUCACCGCCUUCUGCGGCGCCUCCCUCUCCGAGCUCACAUCCAAAGGCUUCAUCGACCCAGAUGGCAACGAAGUCGAAGUCGACGUCAUCAUUCUAGCCACCGGCUUCAACACAUCCUGGGUCUCGCGCUUCCCCAUCAUCGCAAACGGUCACAACCUCCAAGACAUCUACACGAAACGGCCACUCUCCUACCUCGGCGUGGCGGCACCGUACAUGCCGAACUACUUCACGCUAUAUGGGCCGUACGGGCCAGUUGGCCAGUCGAGUCUGCUCCCGACCAUGGAGUUCUUGUCGCGGUACAUCAUCCAGGUGAUUAAUAAGAUGCAGCUGGAGGAUAUCAAGACAAUCACGCCGAAGCAGAACGUGAUUGAGCAGUAUGGAGAGCACGCAGAUCUAACGAUGAAGCGACUGGUGUGGGAUACGCCUUGCAGGAGUUGGAUGAAGGGUGGGACGAUAGACGGGAAGCCGAUGACGUUUGCGGGGAGCAGGACGCAGUACUUCGAGCUUGUGUCGACGCCGCGAUACGAAGACUACGAGAUCACGUAUCAUGGGAAGAACAUGUGGGCGUGGUUGGGUAACGGCUUCUCGCUGCGAGAUGUGGAUGGACGGGACAAUACGUGGUAUUGGGGCCAGGUAGACGGGCUUGACGAGGAGACGGACUAUGCAGAGGAUCUGAAGGAUAUGAGGUUUGUGAAGGCGCCGACCGAGGCUCCUACAUUGCCGGGACCUUAGUCUGCGUAUAGUUAUUAGGCACUACUUGGGCAAUUUCAGUACGGUUUCGAAAAUCUAGAUUACAGGUGAACCGAUCUUUUUGCUGCAAGAACUGCUGUACAGGUUUUGACAUCGACCCUAGAACUUUGACACCCUGUAGACGUACCAUAGUCAAUGGUAAAAGAGUGUGUACAAACUUUUGGCCCGUC